AUGACGAAAUUCACUCUCAUCGGCGCGGCUCUUCUUGCCCUCGGCAACAGCGCCGUGAACGCCUUGAACAGCUGUGGAGAGUCACAGUACGAUCCUGCUCAGUAUGUCUGCUGGAGCGAUCAGUUCCUCUGCCCCAUCACGGCUGGCGAGCCCCUCUCGUUCUGCAACGGAGCGUGCUACAGCAAGUUCAUGUACAAGUGCGAGAACAAUGUCCUGAGCUUGUUGCCCGCUCACACUGGAACGCCCUUCACCCUCACCGUGUCGAAUCCGACGUUGCCUAUCGACGGCAAGCCCGUGACUGCCAGCGGCCUGCACCUGAGCCUUGCGGGCAACACCAGCACCUACUGCCCUGUCGAGGUGGUGGGGGCGGCGUGCCCUCCCGGCAACAUCACAGCCUUUUUCGCCGGCAACGGCGGCCUCUCCAUGGACACCAUGGUUCCCGGCGGACAGCAAGCCUAUCUCGGACCCGACUGGAACAUGCACUACACCCAAGCUCACUCGGCCUACAUUCCCGCGGGCAGCCUGACUCAGGGCUUUGGUGCGUAUGAGGGCGGUGGUUUCGUCAAUCUGAACGGCAACGGCUGGGGCUGGGUUGCUUGCCCUCCCCAGGCCUCUGGCGGUGGUGGUAGCGCAUGGAACCUGGUGGGAAGAAACGAGACAAACGCGGCUAGCCUGACCGCCUGCACUCCCGUCAACCUCAAGAUCAACCCUCUCCCGUCUGGAACUGUUGGUGCCUGGCAGUAUGCUUAA